AUGCGUUUCACAAACAUCUCUUAUAUUAAUAUAGAUUGCUGGCUUGGAUGGAAAGAAUUUCAUGGUCAUUGCUACCGUCUCUUUACAACUAAAAAGAAAUGGAGUGAUGCACAGUUGGAAUACCAAACACACAAUGGGUACCUUCUGGAAGUAGAAUCUGCUGACGAGAAUUUAUGGGUGGAAAAAAAAUUCAUCAAACCUGCUGAGCUGUGUGAGAAGAAAUGGCACUGUUCUGUGUGGAUGGGCGGGCGGAUUGAUACUACCGACGGUGUGUACUAUUGGAAUCAUUCUGCAGAUUCUUUUAUCUUUACCAAUUGGGAUCUCUAUCAACCGUCAGGCGGGACACAGAGCUGUGCCAGUAUGUGGGUGGGGGGAAAGUGGGAUGAUUCAGCCUGUGAGGCGGCGUUUGAAUUUAUCUGUGAAAAGGAUCUGCCUUAA